AUGGAGUAUGGCCUUUUGCUAUUUGAUGGGACGUUCUAUACGACCAAAAGACUUCAGGUUUUUUAUUUGGGGGAAGAAGGUCCGGAUAAGAUUUUGCGCCGAAUUUAUGUUAAUCUUGCAAAGUUGCAGAGGGAAGGAGAUAAGUUUGCCACUCAUAUCCAGGAGAACUUGAGAUUAAUUGUUGCAGGUGGUGAUGGAACCACAGGGUGGCUUCUUGGAGUUGUUUCUGAUCUCAAGUUAUCUCAUCCACCAGCAAUUGCAACAGUGCCCUUAGGAACAGGAAACAAUCUUCCAUUUGCAUUUGGUUGGGGGAAGAAAAAUCCUGGGACAGAUGAAAAUGCGGUAAAGUCAUUUUUGCGUCAAGUAAUGGAUGCUAAGGAAAUGAAAAUCGACAGUUGGCAUAUUAUGAUGAGGAUGCGGGCUCCAAAAGAAGGUCCAUGUGACCCUAUUGCUCCUCUGAAAUGGAUAUUUUUUGCUUGCUGUUAUAUGAAUGUUUCUCUUCUUAUUCAGGCUUGCUUAUUCACGAGGUAGCCAAUAUACUUAGCAGUUAUUUUCUAUUUUAUUUAUGUGUCUUUGUUCCUUGCUUUGAUUUUGCAUUUAUGUGAUAGAUUGCAAAACCUUGUUAUGUGCAAGCUAAAAAUCAAGGAUUCAAUAUCACAAUGGAGUGAUUUCUAUGACACAUGGGUCCUUUUUUUAACUUUUAAAACAAUUGCAUCAGCAUGUGACACUUGUUGAACUAAAAACUUUCCCUCUUGUUUAAAGAUUCAGAGUGUAUUUUUUUUUUUUCAUUAUGCUUGUAAGUUUAAAAAUUGGGAUGGCAAUCAGGUGUUUAAUGGAGUUGUUGAUAAAAAUUCAGGGUUGUUUUUAAGCUUUCCUUGGUUCUAUUUAUGUUUUGUUAUGACUUGUUUAGAUUGAGAAUUUAGGUUUUGGGAUUUUGAAAAAUGGUUUCGCUAUCUCAUUCUCUAGUUGUAAUUCUGAAAAACCAGUUUCAGAUCUUCUUUGGAUGCUGAUUCAAGUGACAUGCAUUUGUUUUGUUCAAACUGAA